AUGCGGCCCAACUGGCUACUCGCAGCUGCUCUUGUCCUCGCACUGGCCCUCGCCGGCACUUCUGUAUGUAGGUCCACGAUUGUCGGAAUUGGCGAAGCUCUCCGCCGCGCCCUGCUGCCCUGUGGGCGUGCCAAUGAGACCGCUGCCACUGCCGCCGGCGGAUUGGGUGCCGUCUUUGUGAACGCUGCGAAGGAUUUCCCUGAACUCUCGCCUCGCGUGCUCUCGCGUGAUCCGUGGAUCGUAGCCUUUCAAGAGUUUGCGUCGGAUGCGGAGAUGGACGGCAUUCUCGCCGCCGCGCGGGCACAGACGCGGGGCGAUUUUGUGCAAUCGCUGAUGGAUGACGAGGACGGCGACGUUGUCCGCUCGUCGCAGCACAUUUGGUGCGACACGCCGACGUGCAUGCAGGACGCUGACGUCGUGCGGCUGAUGUCACGCCUCUCCACAGUCACCCGCACUCCGGCCGCCAACGCCGAGGUGCUGCAACUCCUUCGCUACGACGAGGGCCAGCGGUAUGACGUGCACAACGACUACACUGGCGGCGGGCACGACGGGGCGUCGGGAGGGAGGCUCUUCUCCUUUGUCCUCUUCCUGAGCUCGCCCGAGGAGGGGGGCGAGCUCCACUUUGCGGACGUCAACCUGACCAUCCGAGCGGAGAGGGGGGCGGCGGUCCUGUGGCCGUCCCUUUCGGCGCAGGAUUUUGAUUUGCCCGAGCUCCUCUCUCACCACGCGUCCGUGCCCGUGAGGCGCGGGCAGAAGCUCGCCGCCGUGACGUGGCUGCAUUUGUACGACUGGCGCACGCUGCAACUCGACCGCGGGUGCGCCGAGUCCCUCGGCGCGAUAAUCCCCCCGUUUGCGCUGCUGCCAAGGUCUCACACCCAGACCGAGGACGCCGACGAGGACGCCGACCGCUCCGAGGAUUAUUCCGACGACGGGAGGGUGUCCGACUAG